UAUUUUCCCUAACGUCAUCUCUCCACUGCCUCAGGGAUGGAGGGCUCUAAAACUUCCAGCAGCACCAUGCAGGUGAGCUUUGUCUGCCAGCGCUGCAGCCAGCCCCUGAAACUGGACACAAGCUUCAAGAUCCUGGACCGUGUCACCAUCCAGGAGCUUACAGCUCCAUUACUUGCCACAGCCCAGGUGAAACCAGGAGAGACUCAGGAGGAAGAUGCUAACUCAGGAGAGGAGCCAUUCAUUGAAACUCGCCAGGAUGGUGUCUCUCGCAGAUUCAUCCCCCCGGCCAGGAUGAUGUCUACAGAAAGUGCCAACAGCUUCACUCUGAUUGGGGAGGCAUCUGAUGGUGGUACCAUGGAGAACCUCAGCCGAAGACUGAAGGUGACUGGGGAUCUUUUUGACAUCAUGUCAGGCCAGACAGAUGUGGAUCACCCACUUUGUGAAGAAUGCACAGAUACUCUGUUAGACCAGCUGGACACUCAGCUCAAUGUCACUGAAAAUGAGUGUCAGAACUACAAACGCUGUUUGGAGAUCUUAGAGCAAAUGAAUGAGGAUGAUAAUGAACAGCUACAAAAGGAGCUAACAGAACUGGCCUUAGAGGAGGAGAGGCUGAUCCAGGAGCUGGAAGAUGUGGAAAAGAACCGCAAAGUAGUGGCAGAAAAUCUGGAGAAAGUUCAGGCUGAGACUGAAAGACUGGAUCAGGAGGAGGCUCAGUAUCAGAGGGAAUACAGUGAAUUUAAACGACAACAGCUGGAACUGGAUGAUGAGCUGAAGAGUGUAGAAAAUCAAAUGCGUUAUGCACAGGUGCAGUUGGACAAGCUGAAGAAAACCAACGUCUUUAAUGCGACCUUCCACAUCUGGCACAGUGGACAGUUUGGCACAAUCAAUAACUUCAGACUGGGUCGCCUACCUAGUGUUCCUGUGGAAUGGAAUGAAAUUAAUGCUGCUUGGGGCCAGACUGUGUUGCUGCUCCAUGCUCUGGCUAAUAAAAUGGGUCUGAAAUUUCAGAGGUAUCGACUUGUUCCCUAUGGAAACCAUUCAUAUCUGGAGUCUCUGACAGACAAAUCUAAGGAGCUGCCCUUAUACUGUUCUGGAGGCUUGCGGUUUUUCUGGGACAACAAGUUUGACCAUGCAAUGGUGGCUUUCCUGGACUGUGUGCAGCAGUUCAAAGAAGAGGUUGAGAAAGGCGAGACACGUUUUUGUCUUCCUUAUAGGAUGGAUGUGGAGAAAGGCAAGAUUGAAGAUACAGGAGGCAGUGGCGGCUCCUAUUCUAUCAAAACCCAGUUUAACUCUGAGGAACAGUGGACAAAAGCUCUCAAGUUCAUGCUUACAAAUCUUAAGUGGGGUCUUGCUUGGGUAUCCUCACAGUUUUAUAAUAAAUGACUUUCUUUUUCCCUUAGGGGGACUUUUGCCUUGAAGGCUUUAAAUUUUAUUUGUAAAAUAAAGUUUUAAAUUAAAUUCGGGUACUAUUAAACUAUGUAAACAUGUUUACAAUACCAAAAAAAAAAGGCCACUUUAUUUUAAAACACACGUCAGUUUCAAGAACUACAUGUUAUGCCAGUCCUUUGUCAGUUUUGACUUAACCUCAUGUCUUCUUCUCCCUCUCUCCCAUCAAAACAACUAAUUUAAGUUUGCUUUUUUUUUUUAACUGAGUUUGAAUUGAGAUUGAUGUGUUUUCACUGGAUUUUAUCUCAACUUUCUGCACUUAAAAUAUGAAAUAGAAACUUUUGUUUCCCCUGAGAUGUCAAGAUGUAUGAGGCACAGUUGGAUAACAUGAGAAGAUGACAACCUUUGCCCGGUCAUCAUGUGCUGUGAUCAGAAGCUUGGAAUUUAAGACUUCUCACUCAGCUCUAAUACUGAAUGCCUACUGUGCUCUGUUAAAGAUAUGAAAUGGUGUUUGAUACUGUGUGAGACAUUAUGGAGAGAUUUAAUUAUUUGUAAUAAAAUAUUUGCUCCAGUCUGAUGCCUA